UCUGUUUGUUUGCUUGUUUGUUUUCAUCGGUUCUUCUCAUGCCAGACUCUGCUUCCUUUUCCGUUUUGUCUGGAAACUGGAUCAAGCUAAUUCAGCCCUCCUCCCCAUCUCGACCUUUUCCGACGCCCCACACCCACCCCAUUAAUUGCAAGAGCUGGUGGCCAAGGCCCGGGAGGAUAAAAGCCGUUUCAUGGAGGGCUGCAGGCCGUUCGCUCACGCAGGUGUCUCAGGAGGAGGUCUGGCCGGCGGCCGGGCGGAGCCCGUGAGGCGGCGCCGCGCCCGCAGAGGCGGGGGCUGGGCCGCGUCAUACAGCCCGCUCGGCCCAAGCUCCUCCUAGUCGCCCUGGCCAGCGCUCAGCCUCCUCUCGCCUUCCGUCUGCGGCAACAUGGGGCUCUGGCAUUGCACCGUGGUACUUUUGGGGCUCCUGGGGCUCCUAGGCCACGGCGAUGCUGCAGGUCUUCUUGAGCUCUCCUUGGGAAAAUUCCGGAACGUGGUACUUAACCAGAGCACUCCAGUGGAAGCUGUAAUCAGGAACAUUGCAAGCAAUGUAACUGUCAUCAUUUUCCAAGUGCAUGCUCAGCAACGUGAUGUGGUGAUAUCCUUCGAUAAGAAUCCAUCUGUUAACAGCUCAGGAGUUGGAGUAGACAAAGGCCUGGUUUCCAUCCUUCGGCUUCAACAGACUGUGUGUACAUGGUACCUUCGGUCACUGGAUGCUGGGCAGGUGCUGAGCACAGCUAUCUCCAUUCCCUACAUGGAGAAAGAUCCUAUUCCUGGAGGUUGCAAUAUAGAGUUUGACUUGGAGGUGGAUCCAAAUCUUUACCUAGACUACACGUUGGUUGAUAUACACAUCAAGUUUGCCCCUGCAAAUUUGGGAUAUGCCAGAGGAGCAAACCCACCCUCCUGUGACUCGGGGACCGGUCAGAACUCGAGGUGGCGACUGCGCUAUGAUGUCUACCAGUACUUCUUACCAGAGAACCGUCUUUCUGAAAUGGUGCUCAUGAGCCACAUACAGAAGAUGUCUGAGGUGCAAAGUAUCAAAGCCAAUGGCAUUAAAAUGCUUUCACUGACAACUGAUGACAAGACCAAUGUCUACUUUUCCUCACUUCCCGGACAAGGAGUAAUCUACAAUGUCAUAGUAUGGGAUCCUCUUUGGAAUACUUCUGCUGCAUACAUACCUGUACAUACAUAUGCCUGCAGCUUUGCUGACUUAGUGGAUAACUGCUCUUCUCUCAGCAAACCCUCUACUAAAGUGUUCUUCACUACUCUUGCUGUUCUUGGUCUUUUCACUUGUUUUUUUGGACACAGAUUCUGGAAAACAGAUUUAUUCUUCAUGGGCUUCGUAUUUGCAGCAUUCUUCUUCUUUGUAUUCAUUACAAGGGUAACUGGCCUUGGUUAUGAUGUGCGUCUUAUUUUGACAGCAGUAGCUGGAAUUAUUGGAGGGCUUUUCCUGGUUGCAAGCUGGUGGAGAUUUGGGUCUGUCCUGUUUUGUAUGUACUUUAUUGGACUUGUGCUGGGAUUUCUCUUUUCGUCGGUGGUCUUCUUUACUCCACUAGGAGACUACAGGGUCUUCCGUGAUGAUGUUGUCUUCUGGGUGACCUUUUCUUCUGUAGCCAUGAUGAUUCCAGUGCUUUUUGUUGGCUGUCCAAGAAUGCUGAAUAUAAUGGCCUCUGGAAUAGUAGGCUCUUACACAGUGGUUCUAGCUAUUGCUUGUUAUGUCUACACAAGUCUUGCUUACAUCACCUUAGACUUACUCAGAAGGAUUCUCAAUGAUGACUUCAGCAGAGCUUACACCAAUGUGCCUUUUCAAAGAAAUGACUUCAUUAUCCUGUCAGUCUGGACAAUGCUGGCCUUCAGCGGAGUAACUGUGCAGCUUCGCCAAGAGAGAAGCAAGGUGCCCUUCCCACCACACCCCUACCUCACCUGGAAGCGGGAAAGGGAGCGCAGGAGCACCAAUGUCUUGGACCCUAGCCAUCAUAUCCCUCCUCUGAGAGAGAGGAUCCAUAACAAGCUGCUGCAUAUCAAAGAGUUUUUUCACAAAGAGCAGCCAGCUGGGGAGAGAACUCCAUUGCUUCUGUAAUCUGCCAAGUAACUGGUGUGAACAGAAGAGGGAUCUAGGAAUGGUGAGAUGAGUGAUCACCAGCAGACCAGCCAGUGGUGCAGGAGUUACCACUGCCAAACUGCACUGCUUAAUGAGAAGAUCGUAUUUGCCCAGCCUGGAAGAGACAUUCCUGGUCUGGUACACUACAUGCGCUUUUGUGACUCUUUCCUCAACCUGAGGCCCACUCAGCCUGCUGCAACACCUGUGUCUAGCUGCAGAAACUUGUGCUCAUGGUCAAGUACAGGUAUUUAUCUUUGGUCAUCUCACUGUUUAGUUGUGUGAAGUAUAAACCAGCUCUUUAAAAAGCAAUGUAUGCAAUGCUGGUUUCUUCCCUCACAGUGUAGAAACUACUGCUGAAUUAGAGCUUGCCUUUAGGAGCAAGUCAGGCUGUCUGUCAAAUUGUGAGGUUUGAGAGACAAGGGCCACACACAGGAGAUCUUGUAGGACCUGAAGUGUCACCUUCUAACCUGGGUACAAAAUGUGUGGCUGCAGACAAAAGUGUUUCCAAAAAGUGUUCCUGAACCUUGCAAGCUAUGCUGAAGUGACUUGAAUUUAAACUGCACUGAACUGUUUUAAGUAUGCACAGUGAGGAUCAGGAACUGGACCUGAUCCAAAACAAGAUGACUUUCUCCCUGACUCUUGGAUGGUUUUGUAGCAAGCUUGUCACUGGGUCUCUCUGCAGAACUGACUGCUGAGAACACACAAUAGGUUUGCUUCCUUGUUUGCUCUCUAAACAGCCUGUGUCUUAUUUCUGCUCUGGUAUAAUCUCUUUUGAUGGUGCUGUCUUAAAGAACUAAACAAGCUCUUUAUAGGCAAUGGCAAUUUUUUUGGUGUUUUUGUUGGUGGGGUUUUUCUCCUGGGAUUGGUUGAAAAACUUAAUGUUCUUUUAAUCAUAUGUUUUUCAUUUUGCCUUUUAAGUAGUAAAAACAGCAUCCAGCUAGCAAAAUACUGGCUUUGCUUGCUGACUGAAUGCAUUCCUUACUGGUUUGCAUUGCAUCUGCCCAAAGCAUUAUGUAGUAUUAAAAACAGGUAAGGGUCUGCUUCUGUGUUCAGUAGAGGAUUGUGAUCUCCAGUGGUGGCUUUAUUUGCUUCCUUAAAAGCAAACCAAACAGCCAUAUUCCAAAUGCAAACUGGAGCACUGUAAUUUUGACUCGUGUAAACACAAAAGCAGGCCAGAGGCUGUCCAUGGUUUUACCAACCCCUGCCCUCGGGCCAGGUCCUCGGUUUCAUGUUCAGUGCUUACAAGGUGAUCUGCCAUGCAUUAAACGAUGGUUGAAGCCUUGAUGCAGGUUAUGGUGGCUCACUCAUUCUUCUCGCUAUCUUUGCACCUCUAGUGUGAGCAGCUAAGUGCAGAGUCCUUCCUGCCUGAAGGCGAAUGGCUGUUCUGCUACCCGAGUGGAACCACCACAAGUGAUUACCUUAAUGGUGGAAACUUAAGUUCUUGGGCACCAUUUCGAGCUGUUGGUAGUAAGUAGGUAAGAAACAACUCUUUGUAAAGAAACUAGCAAAAAUAACUUUAUCUGGGAAUUGAGUGGAAAGUUAAACCACCUUGGCAAUAAGAAGGCAUUAAUGGCUUCAAAAGGAAAAUGGUUGGUGAAUCAUUUUAAGAGUGAAGCCCUAGUGACAUACUGUCUGAGGUGUCCAGGCUCCCCUGACCUUGAGAGAGAAAAAUCCCCACCAUGCUAGAGCAUCUGCUUUAAACAGCAAAGCAAGCCUGAGAUCUGUCAGUUUGGGUUGUGCUUCACUGUACUGUGCUGUUGUGUGGCACCUGGGAGUACCUGAGAAGCUCUUCCCUGGGCCUCUGGCUGACUGCCUGACCGCACCACGUUUUAUGGCAAGUAGCAAACACUUAUUAAGAGCAUUUGUACUCUAAAACAUGUUUACCUUGGGGGUUGGAAAUUUUUAUUGUAACUGCUGUGAUUAACAUUGUGGAAGAAACAAGUUGAACUCUCAUUUUCUAUAUCUUUUUAUAAUAAAGAUGUCUUUGAAAGAAUAA